AUGGGAAGGAGAUGUGGCAGGAGGCGAAGGCUACUUUUCCGCAGUGGCUAUUAUUUAACGAUUCAACCGGAUGGUAGUGUCAAAGGAACAAAGCAGAAAGAUUGCCCUUAUGGUAAGUUUACAUUUUGUAGCUUUGUUUACUCCAUAAAAAAAAAAAGUACGUGAUCGAUUGUUGAGGGAAGCCUUGAAUUGGACUAUUCUCUGUAAUGAAGACUGACGUUUGGACAACCUGAGCGGAUGUCAACAUUAGAUGGAUUGCAUUUGACGAAAGCUGCUUAGGUUCUGCAGCCAACAACAACACCACAGAUUGGAACACUCAACAAUUUUUUCAUUCGAAUGUAAUUAAAUUUGACUGACAAAAAGCGUUCUUGGUGAGGGAAUUACUACUGAGGGGGGGGGGUGGAGGAUUUUGAGGAGGAUCACGCGGUUUUGGAGGGAAUAUAGGAGGGGAUCAGUCGUCGCCAACUGAGCAGUGAGAGGGCUGCUAUAGAAAAUUUACUUCCUAUAAACUGCCAAUGAAGAGAGAUCAUGGAAAUAUUACAAAGCCUUAUGGGGGGAUCAGUUGAAUGUUAUCGUGACACCCCUCCGUACAUGCCCUUUGACGAAUUGUAGCGGUUUAAGUGUAUUGAACAACCCUCCGUGACACAGCCAAUAUCCCCCUCCUCCCGACCCCAGGCGAUUUAAAUAUUGAAUGGUUGCUAAGAUAGUCGAAAUAUAUGGCUAUCACUGACACCGACAGUAAGCUUUCUAGGACUACCCUCAAUGUACACAUUUUGCUGCAUGAUCGACUGCUGUACUCGGAUGCAAACCAUUUUAAAACUGUCAGUACUUUAAAAUGCUCAUAAUGGUUUAUAUCAAUGUAUCUCUUAAGCAUUGCUAUCACAGCUGUUGACAAGUAACUUUUGGGACAUAUUAGUAAGGCUUAUUUUAAGCCGGAAACGCAGUCAGACUACCGCGAUGUCAAAAUUCGUCUGCAUCAGACCAAGGUCACUUACCUAACCAGAUGAUUUUUCUCGACCAGGCAUUAUUUAUCAGUUGAGGGGAGAGCUAGGGAAGGAGGGAUUUGGUUGUGUCUUGAUGACAUUGACCUGAUUACCCAUAAGCCUCUGCGAUAUUCUUUUGACCCUCCCGCUUUGGCAGUUAGUUGGCAGUCAGUUUCUUUAGUCUUCUCUUCAGACUCUGUUGACGACGACUAAUCCUCCCUCCGUUCCCCUUUAGAACCAAUAUGAUUCUCCCUCCUAUUCUCUGACCAUAUCCUCUCCCAUCGACGAUAAAUAAUGAAUGGUCCCUUAAUUACAACUUUUCUUGUGCUUGUGACCUGAUUCGUUCUUAGUCGCUGUCUCGGUCUUUAGAAGAGCGAGGAUCCUAACUUACAUUUAACUCGCCUGCUCAUCUUUAAACUCGCGGCUCUUGGACUUCAUUAUCAAAUCUAAUAUUUUCCAUAGCAUGUACAAUCCAAUCAGCUACAGAGGUCAAUUCCAUGUUAUGUUACCUUUUCUCUAAGUUAAUUGAGAUAAAUUAGAUGACAGAGUUCCUAACUAACGUGUUUUCUUCCAUUUGACAGCAAUCGUAGAAAUAUGCUGUGGGAGCCGGCUUAGUGAAAAUCGCAGGAGUAGAAACCGAGUUCUUUCUUACAAUCGAUGAUUCUGGAACUCUUCGCGCCACGGUGAGUCUAGAUAUAAAACGUAGAUCUCUUAUGAAAAUAACUUAGAACAUUAGAAAACCCAUACACUUCUUGCAAAGAGUAAAGAACGUGGCUCCCGGUGUUGUGGUCUGGCCUCCUUGUUGUUUAUCCAGGCCCCCAUGUGAACCAGCUUUGAAGCUGAACUGGGCCAAUCUGUUUAUAUAUCGCUAAUAAAUGAAUAAAUAGGUGAAUAAAUACAAAUAAACCAUUUUAAUUUCAUCAUUAUCUAUAUUCUAACAGGACGCAGACAGUGAGGAGUGCGUUUUUGAGGAAGUGAUGGUGAAGGAUUUCUAUAGCGCUUACAAAUCAUAUGCAUAUUCGAACGAACAUUGGACAGUAGCAAUCAGCGAUAAGGAUGGAAGAGCGUAUUCUGCUCGUUGUCAAGGACUUCUUGAUUCAGAUCUCGAGGCGCAUUCAUUACCUGAGAUGAUGCCUGAUAGCGACGCAUCUUCGGACGAGGAGUCCACAUCAGAAACCCGAACAUCACCUGAGGUUGACUCGGAUACAUCAGGCUUUGUAGGACUGGAUGCAUCGCGCUUUCUAGAGCAGCAAACUUCGCGUCUCUUUGAUCUUCUCAAUUUUGAUCUAGAAGCGUGUUUAAUGGCUGAGAUACAAGAAGACGCGGGUCAUGCUGUUGUGUUUCCCGAUAAUAAUACUGACAUUGGACCAUCUCUGUCCGAGAUUCUACGCGAGUUAGGAACCAAUUUGUAG